AUGCGAGCGCCCGUCAAUCGACGGCACCUUAUUUAUCACGUCUUCUACCGAUUCUUAUUGCUAGCUGCACUUUUCACUAAAUAUGUCGAAACUCGAUCCAUCGUCAGAGGAGAUCAUGUUGUACAUACUCCACUUGGAACCAUACGAGGAGUUGGACAGACAUUCGAUGGUGCAAAGGUUUCUGCAUUUCUGGGUGUUCCAUAUGCGAAGCCACCGGUCGGCUCGAGAAGAUUCAAAAUGGCCGAAAUGAUAGAUCGAUGGAGUGGAGAACUUGAAGCCAGAACACUUGCAAAAACAUGCUAUCUAACAAUUGACUCUGCUUUUCCUCAAUUUCCUGGAGCUGAAAUGUGGAAUCCUCCUGGAGCAAUAUCAGAAGACUGUCUGAACAUGAACAUUUGGGUACCAGAAGAUCACGAUGGUUCUGUUAUGGUCUGGAUAUAUGGCGGAGGUUUCUUCAGUGGAACGCCUUCUUUGGAUCUGUACAGUGGUUCAGUGUUUGCUGCAAAAGAGCAUACGAUUGUGGUUAAUGUGAACUAUAGAUUGGGACCCUUUGGAUUCCUGUAUUUUGGAGAUGAUUCUCCGAUUCAAGGAAAUAUGGGUUUAAUGGAUCAACAAUUGGCACUGAAAUGGGUUCAUGAGAACAUUGGAGCAUUCGGAGGAGACAGAUCCAGAGUUACUUUGUUUGGAGAAUCAGCUGGAUCUGCAUCAGCAACUGCUCAUUUAUUUGCUCCCAACUCUCAUAAAUACUUCAGAAAUAUCAUUGCAAAAAGUGGCUCAAUCAUCAAUUCAUGGGCAUCAGCGCCUCCUCCAACAAUGCUUGAUCUGUCCCUUCGUCUCGCAAAGAAGGUCAACUGCAGUUCUACAGAUAUGAAUGUGGUUGCUAAAUGUCUCCGAAGUGUUCCAGCUCAUUUAGUUCAAGCAGAAGCCGACAAUAUAUCAGGAGAUAUCGGUCCACCAAUGACAUUUGCAUACGUUCCAGUUUCGUCUGAUGCAAAUUUCUUCCAGGGUGAUGUAAUUCAAAAAUUGAACAACAAACAGUUCAAAAAAGAUGUGAAUAUAAUAUUUGGAAGUGUCAAAGAUGAAGGAACCUACUGGCUACCGUAUUACAUGUCUCUUCCGAAAUAUGGAUUUGCAUUCAAUCAUACAAUAUCCGCUGAAGAUCCACACAACAGAGCAUUAAUCACAAGAGAACAUUACGAGGAGUCGAUGAAAGCGUUUAUGCCGUAUUUUGCUGGAUCCAAACUUGUAUUGAAUGCGUUUAUGAAUUCUUACGAACAUGUUUCAACGAGUAAUGUACCGGAAGAAAGAUAUCGAGAUGGUGUGGCACGAUUCUUGGGAGAUCUUUUCUUUACUUGCUCUCUUAUUGAUUUUGCUGAUUUGAUAUCAGAUAAUAUAUUCGGAAAUGUUUAUAUGUACUAUUUUACCUACAGGUCGAGCGCAAAUCCGUGGCCUAGAUGGAUGGGUGUAAUGCAUGGAUAUGAAAUUGAAUAUGCAUUUGGUCAACCUUACUGGAGACCUCAUCUUUACGAUCAAAAACAACUUGAGGACGAAAAAAGGUUAUCAUCUAUCAUCAUGCAAGUUUGGGCAAACUUUGCCAACACUGGAAGAACUGACUCUUUCUGGCCACAAUAUAACAAAAUCGAACGGAAAGCAAUUGAACUGGGAGAGUCUACAUUACAUGGGAAUCAUCGAAUCAUUGCAGAUGUUCAUGGAUCAUAUUGUAGAAUGAUUGAUGAGGCGAAAGCUUUUGUGAAGCAGAAAAAUGCAAGCGACUGCCGUUCAACUCGUAAAUCAGACUCAUCUUCAACAGAAACCAGUUCAACAGCCAAUUCCCUUUACCUCUUCAUCAUUAUUUCCCUUUCCCUUCUUAUCUCUUGUAUCAGUUUGUGA